CUGUUAUGUUUCUCAGAUGCGUAUUGUUUGCAAGGAUGUCUCUGCGGAGGUUAUCUAUGAUGUUCUGCAUGACACCAGCUACCGGAGGAAAUGGGACACAAACAUGAUAGACACCUUUGACAUUGGACGGCUUACAGUCAAUGCAGAUGUUGGAUAUUACUCGUGGAAGUGUCCAAGUCCCCUAAAGAACAGAGACUUUGUAACCUUACGGUCUUGGUUACCCCUUGGCAAUGAUUACAUGAUAAUCAAUUAUUCAGUAAAGCAUCCGAAACAUCCUCCUCGUAAGGACUUUGUGAGAGCGGUUUCUUUGCAGACUGGAUAUCUCAUUAAAGCCAAUGGGGAAAACAGCUGCGUACUCUAUUACCUCACACAAGUCGACCCCAAAGGGUCAUUACCAAAGUGGGUAGUAAAUAAAGUAUCUCAGUUUGUGGCUCCAAAGGCCAUGAAAAAGAUCUAUAAAGCUGGCAUAAAGUAUCCUGAAUGGAAGAGAAAACAUGACCCACUUUAUAAGCCAUGGGUGUAUCCAGAGCAGAACACCCUUCCGACCGUGAAUUUGGAAGACUUGGCAAUCCAGAGGGCUGAUGAGCUGGAAAAUAUAGAUGAAAGCGGAGUAUCUGAAGAAAGAAGAACACAUUAGUGAUGAUGAAGAUGGCCUUUCAAAGGAUUCUUAA